GUUAGCAAGAUGAACAAAGACACGCAGAUGAGAGCAGCGAUUAACCAAAAGUUGAUCGAAACUGGAGAAAGAGAACGCCUCAAAGAGGUGCUGAGAGUUAAGUGUGGCUGGAAGGGCCAAUUGAAGGCACACUGGAAAGAGGUAAUUAAGGAAAAAGGACUAGAACACGUUACUGUUGAUGACUUGGAGGCUGAAGUCGCCCCGAAAGGCAGAGCCCUGGUACCCGACGGCGUAAAGAAGGAGCUCCUACGAAGAAGAAGAACAUUCCUUACUCAGCACGCCAGCCUUUAA